AUGCAUAAACGAAGGCCUCACUUUGAUAUCGUUGAAAACAUUCAGCCGUAUGAAUUGAAAGCGUUAGGCAUAAUUGCCGAGGCUUCAACAGCCGUAUAUGUGGCUUGGGUUAACCUCCAUUUCCACUCACGGUGGCUUGAAGAAUUCAAAAUGGCGAAUACGCCUUCGGAAUAUCCAAUUGGUCACCUUGCCAUAGGCUAUCCAAGAUUGGCUGGCCAAAUGGAGAUCCUUCCAGAAACUGCAAUAUACCGUCGUUUCGGUGCUCUCAACUCACGGAAUCUGCUCUACUAUCAAGCAGAGCUUGCGUCGUUAGAGAAAGAGCUGAUAUUACAGGAAAAUUUGGAUAGCAGCGUACCGGAAAAGCAACGGUAUGCGCUUGACUGGUACUGGCUGAGCCAAUCAGUAGAGCAGGGAGAUAGGAAGCAACUCGACCUAGUCAUGAAGAUGCGAGCACUCCUCAAGGAGUAUAGUAAGCUCCUUCCCUGGAAACAAGCCAAAGUCUAUGAUCUUCAGGGGCCGGAUCAGUGGGACUUAAGAGAUCUCCAAAGAUUUCUCCAGACUCCAGAAAUGGGCCCCCUCGCAUUAAUUGGAGACGAUGCGAUGAUUUGGGGUUCCGUGACCAAUCCAAACUCUCACAGCAACGAUCUCGUUGCUUUACGGCCUCGCAAGAAAGGAGAUCCAUUUUCUGGAUGGCUUGCAGUGAAAUCAGCCACGGCACUAAUUCGCUGCGGAGGCGUUCGGUGGAAACGCCCUUCAAGAGUCCAUGGCGAGGUUGGGUAUCAGGAUAGCACCAUUUUCCGGAUCACACGGUGGAUCACAACAAUUUUGGCAUCAUUAAUUCCUCUGGCAUCGGUGGUGGCAUUGUAUUUUGUACAUUCACUUCCUUCUCGCCUUGGAAUUAUUGGAGGGUUCAAUCUUCUUAUAUCAAUAUGCUUAAGUGCUUUUACGACGGCGAAUCGAGCUGAGGUUUUUGCAGUGUCUUCAGCUUUCACGGCUGUUCAAGUCGUUUUCAUAAGUACCGGGAAUAAAUAA